UAUAAAGAGCCGCCUUAAUUGCCCUUUGUUUUUAUACCCUCGUCGAUUCUUCCCCCUCUUCUCUCUCUCCCGCUGCCUUUUAUAUACGGCAAUUUCAUAAGCAUAUAUAGAAGAAAUUGUGAAUCACCAUGACUACGAUUUGUGCAGAGCAACACAAACUCCUUCAUCACCACCACCACCAUCUCAAGAAACCUACCAUUGAAAUUCCACCCAGAAAGCUUCUCUUCACCUCCAACAAAACAUAUGACCAACUGCCUUCCCCCGACUCCCCGAACAUGCUCAACAAACACUUACCUCGCAAUACUCCCACUGACAACGACUCCGACUCCGAUUCCGACGACCCUUACUCCACCGACCACUUCCGGAUGUACGAGUUCAAGGUCCGCCGCUGCACCAGGAGUCGCAGCCACGACUGGACCGACUGCCCUUUUGCCCAUCCAGGCGAGAAGGCUCGCCGUCGAGAUCCCCGCCGUUUCCACUAUUCCGGCACUGUUUGCUCAGAGUUCCGCCGAGGCGGCGGCUGCAGCCGGGGGGACGAAUGUGAGUUCGCUCACGGAGUCUUCGAGUGCUGGCUGCAUCCUUCUCGUUACAGGACGGAAGCUUGUAAGGAUGGUAAGAACUGCAAGCGUAAGGUCUGUUUCUUCGCUCACUCUCCUCGCCAGCUCAGGAUUUUACCAGAGGUUUUAGGAUCUAAUUGUACCUCUAAUUCCUAUCUAUCUCCCAUCACGAAUCACAUCAAGACUAACGGUAAUAGUUAUAGCAAAGGUACUCCGAGUUGCUGUUGCUUGUUUUGUCGAACGGUGAGUGAGUCACCCACCAGUACUUUACUGGGUCUGUCUCAUCUGUCACGAUCACCGUCUUUGUCACCGCCUCUGUCGCCGGUGAAGGAGCGUAGAGCGAGUACGGCUGCUGUGUUUUCACCUUUUUCACGGUACAGCGACCGAUUGGGUAAGAAGAUCGGGGUGGGAGGCUACAAAGAAAUGUUGAGCGAAUUGAAGAAUUCUUUAGAGGCGAUGACGAUUAACGAAGUCCUGUCUAGUUCUUCUCCUCCUUCGACGACUUCCCCUUCCCCUCUAUCCCUGCCUGGUGGUAAUUGCAGCAACAGCAGUUCAAGUAUAGAUGUUCCUUGGCUUGAGAUUUGCUUCAAUGGGUAUCAAGAUUUUGAACAGCAAAAACAACAGUUGGUUAACCUUUCACCAUCCACGCCCAUUGGUCGUAGUGGGUCUGGAGAUUUAUUUGAUGAAAAUUUUUCUAGACAACAUGGGAGCGGUGAUUACGAAAAGAUAUUGGGCAUCAAUAAUGAUAACGAGAAUGGGUCGGGUUGUCCGGAUGUAGAUCUCGAGUGGGUCAAUGAGCUAGUGAUGUAGAUGACGAUGGAUCGACGGUGAGAAUUGAAUGUGUACAUACGGGAUGAUGGGUCACCAAACCGUAUAUAUAUCUCAUCAGUAGGAACAGAGAUGCUUUGAGAAAUUUGGUGUGUACUUUAGUCGUAUGAAGCUCUAUUGUCGAUUGUUUUGAUUUUUAGAAUUUCAAAUCCUAUAUAUAUAUAUAUAUAUAUUUUGCAAGUCUUUCCUUUCCUUUCCUUUCAAAGAUUGGAGAUGUAAUGAUGUUUAGUUUGACGUAA